AUGAUGUCCCAGGCACCGGAAAGCUACGACUCCGGGGAAGAGUCCGACUCUUCUACCGAGGCCAUACGUGCAGCAAACCGCCUCGUGCAGGCAGACCUUGGAGAGCUCCAAAACCCUCCUUGCACACAAAGCUGUCCGACGAAUGCGAUACAAACUCAGCAGCUCAUAGAGACGCGCGAGGAGAUGAUAGGAUCCAUGCAAGUUUGCGUGGAAUACGUGGAGGAGGGGAAGAACUGCGAUGGCUCAUGCACCCCAUGCCUCUUCCGCCACAGUCAACUUGGAUGUCCCAGGGGUGAUGCUUGUCGGUAUUGUCACGUGCACGAGAUCGGAGCGAACAGGGUUCCACAUCGUCCGCGCAAGUCACUCCGCCACAAGAUCAAGAAGACCGCCGAGGACCUGCUGAGGAGGUUUGACACGUCGCCAGAGCGCGUGCAUGAUGAGCUCCAGGUUUUGGCAUCUGGCAGCAACUUCGCCAUCAACCUCUUGGCAGGCCGUGUUCCCCGGCAUCGGAGUGCUGGAGUCGAGGUGGCCAAAUGUGGGGGGUAG